AUGAAGAAACAGUCUGACAAUGAGAAUACGUGGUUCGUAAAGCUUAUUCACUGGUUUUUUGAGAAAUGCUCCGCUAUUGUGUGGUAAGUGAACUCUAAACUGAGAGUCAGUCACAUUGUGAUCGAAAUGUUUGCAGCUACUGUCCUUGGACAUGCAUGAUCUUAACAACCCUGGUCACACUCGUUCUCUCCGCUAAGAUCCCGUUCACACAGAUGCAGAACGAUAUCAGUGAUUUCACGCCGUUCGGUGCCAAAUCAAGAGUGGAACUUCAGGUAGCAAAAUACUUGUUUAUGAUCUUACCAACUGUACUCUGAUCCUUCUCCGUUCCUAGUCUGACAUCUUCUAGACCUAUCGCCAAUUCUUCAACAAUCAUGGAGAACCGAAAGCCGUUUACGCGUUCAUCACAUCCAAACACGGCGAUAACAUGCUUGGGAUCUCUCAGCUGAACGACACCGUCCGCGUUCUCGACAAGAUUUCUAGAGAUUUCUAUCUGAAAACCAGCGAAGGACCCAAGAAUUUCGAGGAGUACUGUAGUGGAUUUUGCCUUUUGAACGAACCGGUGCGCCACUUUUAUGUGAGUAGUGGAAAUUAUUCCUUUUGAUAGUUUUGAGAUUGUUUACCUUUCAGAGCGGAAUGCUGAUUUCUGGACAGCAUGGCACAGAUUUCAGUCAUUUGGAUUUGGGAUAUCCUAUCACCACAGUCUUGGGCACUAAACUUUAUAUGGAUCCUAACUUUUUUGGUGUCAAAGUGGCAUCUGAGAACCAUAAAAUCGAAUCUGUGGCUGACGGUAAUAUCAGACUAUUGGGCGACAGUGCGGUAAGAAUUAUUCAAAUUCAAAAAUAUUCAAAUCAAAUUAUUUUCCAGAAACAAGUUCCGAAUAACAUCAGAGAAGUCUCGUUGGUCGUUCUUCAAUUCCGAGCUGAAUUAGGUGAUGAGGUGAAGGCAGAGGAUCUCAGAAACUACGAACAUGAGAUUUUGGAUUAUAUUCAUGAGUAGGUCAAAAGGAUAUUGCGCUAGACAAAAAUGGAAAGUUUUAGCGAGUAUCAAUCGGAGCAUGUCAACGUGUACAUUCUCACUGACUCCUAUAUUACUGAAGAAAUCGUGAGAGCCGGCCUCACUUUACUGCCAUUUUUAGUUGUUGGCUUCACAAUUAUGGCUUUGUUCUCAUCGAUCACCUUUGUAGUGAGCGCCUACUAUCUGAAACAGUUGCACGUUUACAAAGUAAGCCUUAAAAAGCGUCACCUAUCUUCAAUUUUUGGAAACUUCAGAUUUUACUGGCCAUAAUGGCUUGUGUCUGUCCGUUCAUGGCAUGUGGAGCAAGUCUCGGAGCAAUGUUCUUUGCGGGAUUCCGUUUCGGAUCAAUUCUGUGCGUCACUCCAUUCCUAGUGCUUGCAAUCGGAGUCGAUGAUGCUUAUUUGAUGGUGAAUGCGUGGCAAAGAAUCACUUGUCAGAGGUUGGUUUGAGAGUUCGAAAACUAAUAAUCGAGAUAUUAUUUCAGACGAAAAGAAGGAAAAAUGGCCCGAGGAAGCAUAGAAUGCGAGUUGAAGCACCGGAUAACUGAAAUGUUCAUCGAGACCGGACCGAGCAUCACAAUCACGACAAUCACAAAUGUACUGGCUUUCGGUGUCGGCGCCACAACCCCAGCUGCUGAAAUCCAUCUCUUCAGCAUUGGAAAUGCGUUGGCAGUGGUGGCUGACUUUAUUUUCACGAUUUCAAUGUACGGAGCACUCAUGGCAGUUGUGGGCAGAUACGAAGUCUCGAAAGAGUACGAGAAUAUGCCGGAAACUCCAUCGGACGCCAGUUCCACGAGCUCUUCGGAGGCCGAAUGCCAGAAAAAUAUGGAAAAGGGGGAGGAGGAAGAGUGCAUGUUCACAAGCUUCAUCGCCGAUAUCUGUACAUUCUUGACGAAUACGUGGGUGUGCUCAAUUGUGCUCGGACUAUUGGCUGUCUACUGGUAUAUUUGUAUUGUUGGAACGGUAAACAUCAAGUCGGAAUUGAGUCCCAAUAAGCUGUUUCUGGAGGAGAGUAAUAUUGUGAAGGUAGUUCAAGUUACCAAAUAUUGAUGUGAAAUUUUUGUGUUUCAGAUCUUCAAACAACGUAGAACCCACAUAAUUCCCUACUAUUCUGCGUGUUGGAUCCUCGUGGAGAACCCCGGAGAUAUAAGCGAUCCAGUACAACGAUCGAAGUUAGAAGACCUCAUCCGAGCAUUCGAAAGUCUUCCCUCUGCAAAUGGCAGAUAUUCCACAAAGUUCUGGCUCCGAGACUACGAAGAUUUCCUAAAGCAAAGUGAAGAUAUCGAUUUGCCAAUAGACGAAGAGGAUGAUGAGUUGGCAAUUGAGUUCAGUGUGAACGGAAGUCAAGUGGUCACUCCAUCCCUACCUUUCGGAAGGGGAAACGAGUUGAGACAGUUCCUUGAAUGGCCAGAGUUCUCGUUUUGGAAGGGAUUCAUUCAAGUUAACGCGUCUGCCGACGGGAAUACAUAUCAGAUGAACAAGUUCAUGGUGACCACUGCUUAUCACGGAAGUGAACUUGUGGAGUGGUCCAAUAGAGCAAAGCUGCUGAAUGAGUGGAGAGCCGUCGCUGAACAGUUCCCUGGUCUCAACGUUUCGGUGUACGAGGAAGAUGCAAAGUUCUUGGAUUUGAUCGAAACCAUGUCGCCCGUGGCUAUACAAUCAGCACUUUGGACAUUUGCCUCAAUGUUUGUAGUGGCCGCACUUUUUAUUUCUCACCCGCCGACUCUCUUUGUCGCCACCUUCUCCAUCCUCAGCACUUCUUUGGGAGUCUUUGGAAUCAUGUCGUGGUGGGGUGCGGAUCUGGACCCAAUUAUGAUGUCGGCGACGGUGAUGUCAAUUGGAUUCUCAGUGGACAUUCCCUCACAUGUCAGCUAUCACUACUAUCAAACUGCGAAGGAGACUUCGGACAUUCGCAGGAGACUUCAGAUGACAAUCGAGUCAGUUGGAUUCCCGAUCUUCGAAGCUUCACUUUCCACGUCAUUGUGUGUUUUGUCAUUGUUCUUCGUGGACUUGAACAUGGCUCAGGUAAAUAUUUGUGACUUUCGGUCGGAUAUUUCGACAUUUCAUUCAGAUCUUCGCCAAAUGUAUGCUGCUGGUGGUGGUGAUCGGAACAAUCCACGGCAUGUUGGUGAUGCCUGUCAUCUUCGCACUUCUGGAUACCGUACCUCGGAAGUUGACUUCCAAAUCUCGAAAACAACAUCAAUCAACAGUGACAGUGAUGACGAUAGUUUCAUGA